AUGGCGGACGAGCUGUACUACGGCGAGAGCGACGCCGCGUCGUCCAGCGCGAACCGCGCGUUCCCGACGCACCCGACGUGGGACCAGCGGCGGCAGCUAGCCGUGGACAUCUCCAACCUGGCGCCGCCCGACCUGCCGGGCGUGCUGCUGCUCAUCCGCAACUACGUCAAGGUGCUCGAGAUGCGCGAGCUGCUGCCGCGCGAGCAGCGCGUGCUGCCCUGGGACGCGCAGCAGCAGCAACAGGGACACAGCUUGCCUCACAAGGAGGAGGCCGACGCCAUCCAGCUGCAGUGCGGCUUCCGUCUGGACCAGGCCGACGACGAGCUGCUGCGCCAGCUUCGCCAGUACGUGGACGACUGCUACGUGCCGCACUUCGUGCCCAAGGAGAACUGCAGCGUGUGCGAGGGCCUCUGGUCCUGCGGCCGCGUGCUGUACUGCGGCAACGACGCGUGUUCCGUCAGGAUCCACGAGGAGUGCUUCGGCGUCGUCAUGAGGGAGCAGGACGACGGCCCGUGGCGCUGUCCGUCGUGUCUGCUCGGCAAGCAGCUCAUGUGCGCGGUCUGCAUGCAGUACGGCGGGCCGCUCAAGCCGCUGGCCAUGUCGGAGUCGGCGGCCAGUGACGAACAGAAGUGGGUGCAUGUGCUCUGUGCUCUGGCCAUCCCGGAGCUCGUCAUGCGCGACGUCCCGAGCAUGGAACCGGUGGACGGCUUCGAGGAGAUCGAGAACGGAAGAUUCAGGUACCUGUGCGCUAUCUGCCGCAAGCGUGGAGGCGCCUCCGUCAUCUGCGAGGCGGAGAACUGCAAUGUGGGCGUGCACCCGCAGUGCGCGGCCGACGCCGGACUCAUGAUCGGCAACGAAGGCAACUUGCUCGGAGUGUACUGCGACAAGCACUUGCCGACGUCGCGCAUCCCCGGAGCCAAGCGCUGGAUCAGCGACGAAGACCUCGUGGAGGAGAUCAUGAGCGAAUAUUCCAUCGACGAGGACUUCGACGAGGAGGAAUUUGAUACGCCACACUACACCGACGCCGAGCGCUACGCGUUCGUGCUCGAGUCGACGCCCUAUCUGCACUGCAAGCAGCAGCUGCUGGGGGCUACGGCAACGCUGCACUUUGGGCCAGCGCCCUUUUCGGCGGCGCCUGCUCCACCGAGGGACAUCGACCGCAAGACCUUCGUGGGGGCGAAGAUAUCAGCUAAUGCGUAUGCGCCGCCUGCCAUGGUGGUUCAGGGCAUGAGCACGCAGCGACCGAUAGCUUUCCCUCCUCCUGCUGUUUCCAAGGGCGACAGAAGAUUGGGUCUGCCUGAGUUCCCUCAAGGGAGGCACGUGGUCGGAGCUAUCGUGGACUAUUUAGCAAAGGCACAGGACGAAUGGCAACGUGCGCGCGUGCUGCAAUGGGACAAGGAGAAGAAGAUGCACCUCGUGCAGAUUAUCGCGUCUGGGCAGAAGCUGUGGGCGACUCUGGGCGUGGACAACACGAUGGUGUUGUAUCUUCCAGACGAGGAAAGCCUUUUGGAUGGUCCGAUCGUGAAGCUCAUCCGUCCAGUGACUAAGGGCGCCGUGCAGUGGCGUCCCAAGCCGCGUCAAUUUGCACCAGCGUCAUGA